CUUUUUAAAUCAAACCUUUCCUUUUUAAAAUCCCAUUGCAUUUCUUAACGCUCAAAUAUCUCUCUCUCUAUUUCCUAUUCUCUCAGUGAUUGUAUCUGAGAAUUGUUUGUUUAUUAUUGAAGUUGUUGUUAAUUGUGGUGGUUGCUCGAGAUCAAAUGGCUGGGAUUUGCUGCGGUAUUGUUGGGGAGAGUGAACCGACGGUUACGGUCGAUUCCUCUGCUCGAGCUUCUCUGAGACGGAGGUUAGAUCUACUCCCUUCGAUCAAGAUCGUCGCUCCUCCUCUCGAGAGUUCCCGUAAGCGGCAGAAACGCGAGACACCGUCGCCGGAUCUGGAAUCGAAUGCACGUAGUGAUAGGAACAACGUGGAGAAGGCGCCGGUUAAGAAUUCAAACACGAUUCCCAGCUCCGCGACGGAAGCGGAGAGCUCUUUCGUCUCCGAUGCGCCUAAGAUCGGGACGACGUCGGUUUGCGGGAAGAGGAGAGACAUGGAGGACGCCGUCUCGAUCCACCACUCGCUGAUCGAGAGAAACUCCGAGAAUCUCCACUUCUACGGAGUGUUCGACGGCCACGGCUGCUCUCACGUCGCGGAGAAGUGCAGGGAGCGGUUGCAUGAGAUAGUGAAGCAUGACGUCGAAGCUAUGGCCACCGGAGGAGAAGACGUGUGGAAGGAGACGAUGGUGAAGAGCUUCCAGAAGAUGGAUAGAGAAGUUAGCCAGCGAGACUCCAACGGCGCGAGUCGGAGCAGCGUGAAGAGCUCCUGCAGAUGCGAAUUGCAGUCUCCUCAGUGCGACGCCGUCGGAUCCACCGCCGUGGUGUCGUUAGUCACGCCGGAGAAGAUCGUCGUCUCUAACUGCGGAGACUCUCGCGCCGUGCUGUGCCGUAACGGUGUAGCCAUCCCUCUCUCUUCAGAUCAUAAGCCGGAUCGACCCGAUGAAUUAAUUCGGAUCCAACAAGCGGGCGGGCGGGUUAUCUACUGGGACGGAGCUCGGGUUCUAGGAGUUCUCGCCAUGUCGAGAGCUAUCGGUGAUAACUACUUAAAACCUUACGUGAUUCCGGAUCCGGAGGUUACCGUGACGGAUCGAACAGACGAGGACGAGUGCUUGAUCCUGGCGAGUGAUGGACUCUGGGACGUUGUGACGAACGAGACGGCGUGCGGCGUUGCUCGCAUGUGCCUUCAAGCUGCUGCUGAAGGGGACUCUGAUAUGGCGCACAACGCGUGUUCGGACGCGGCGUUGCUGUUGACGAAGCUGGCUCUGGCGAGACAGAGCUCCGAUAACGUGAGCGUGGUGGUGGUUGACUUGAGGAAGAGGAGGAAUAAUCAAGUGUCUUGAUUAGGACUUUAAUUAAGUAGUAUUAGAUUAGAUAAAUUGUUAAAUACCUAAUUGUAAUUUUUCUUGAUUUAUAAUAUUUUUUUUUAAUUUUA